GCCUAUCCUCCGGUCACAAGAACAGAGUUUCGGUCAGGGCCCAUCUGCACAACCUCCAAAUGCCAUCAGCUGAGACCCUGACACAGAAGCGGCCAAUGGCCGAGAGGGAGCGGACAGAGGCUCCGCCCCCUCCCGUGAGCACGCAGACUCCGCUGAAAUCGAAAACAGUAGAGAGUCCCUCCGGGCCUUUGGUGCCAGUGAAACAGACCUGCUCCACCAGCCUGAAGGCGGACACAGGGCUCUCCCUGUCCAUCUCCCACCAGCACAGAAACCACCCCCCAAAUGCUUUCUUAGCAUUUUUAUUUUAACGGGGUCACACCGGGCAGCGGUGCUGAUUUGAGGCGAUAAGCUCCUGAGUCCCAGCUGACCCUGAGAGUCCCUUUGAUGAGGCGUCGGCCAGCAGGCCGACCCCGAUCAAGUCCCAGUGCCGUUUUUGUCGGUGGAAAGGCCGCCGCUGCCAACCGGGCAGCCGGCACAGAGACUGGGCACCAGUGUGGGUGCAGGAAGACAGACAGGUGACAACUUAAAAGCUAUACAGUAGAAAUGCCGGUGCUGGUUUUGAACCCUCUGCUGGCAGGGGGGUUACAAGUUCAACUUUGCGCUGCCGCAAGCGACCGGAAAUUUUUGCAAAAUGAGCUGUUGCGCAGUCAGGAAGGAAGGAGCGCCUUGGCUUCCUCUCGCGGUAGAACAAAGGCUCUCUGCAGAAACUCCCCCGCGACAGACACACUCUUUCCCGCUCUGGCUCCUCCUUAGGGACCAGAGCAACUUUCGGAAGCACGGAUUUGGGGCCAUGUGCAGGUCCCACGUGGAGGGGGACGCGACUCCUGGAGCCCAGGACCAGGACAGCGGAGGCCACAGGGCACCAACGGCAGAGGAGGAUGGUGACCAGGAAAAGGAAGAUGCUGUUGACGCUACCGAACCUCCUGAGGGGGAGGUGACAGCCCUCGGGGAGGUCACAUCGGAGGGGGAAGUCACACCUGGUGGAGAAGUCGCACCCGAAGGGGAAGUCGCACCCAGUGGGGAAGUCGCACCCGGUGGGGAAGUCACACCUGGUGGAGAAGUCGCACCUGGUGGAGAAGUCGCACCUGAUGGGGAAGUCGCAUCUGGUGUGGAAGUCGCACCCGAUGGGGAAGUCGCACCCGAGGGGGAAGUCGCACCUGGUGGGGAAGUCGCACCCGAUGGGGAAGUCGCACCCGGUGGAGAAGUCGCACCUGAAGAGGAAGUGGACACCGCGGAGGAAGUGGAGCUGGAAGAGGAGGUGGAGACGGAAGGGGAGGCCGCGUCCCCCGGGGACCGAGUCAGCUCGUCCGACACCAGUCCCGGGGACGCGGCCACAGAGGAAGACGACGCCAUGUCCCCGUCUGAGAGGGCGCGGAGGGUGGCCAGUCUCGAGGACUGGGCGCCCCUCCGGCCGGCAGGACCCGGAGAAGGCGGGGGCUCUCCCUGGCGCGGGCCCAGCACCCCGAACUCGUCGGAGGAGGAGCUCCAGCGGGAGGGCCCCGCGGCGAGGGCACGGCACCCCCUGAGGCUGAGCCGGUGGAGCAGCACCUUAUCCCUGGAUGAGCUGUCCCUGCCCCUGGAGGGGCCCCCGGGACUCGGGCCAGAGGAGCCUGAGGCCGGCCCCAGGGAAGGGUCCCCGACCUCCUUCCUGGAGAGGACCCAGCAGCUCAGCUCCUCCGAGGAAGGGCGUGUGCAGCGGACGGAGUCCGAGGGGAGUGAAGAGGCCGCUGGGGGAGAAGACGUGUCCCCACUCGUGGUCUUGGACCCCAGCCACCCCCUGAUGCUGAGGUUCCAGGCCGCCCUGAAGAGCUACCUCCGCCGCCAGAUCGAGAAGCUGACGCUGGAAGUCCGAGACCUGGGCAUGGCCACCAAGCGGAGCCGAGCCCAGAGGCAGGAGCUGGGAGUGGACCUCUACGGGGUCCAGCAGCACCUGGCCCGCCUGCAGAUGCAGCUGGAGAAGAGCCACGACCGCCACUCUGUCGCGGCCUGCGCCCGCCAGCAGCGGGAGGAGGAGCUGAAGCAGGCCCGCGGGCUCUACACCAGGGCCUGCGAGGCCGCCAACGAGGAGCACAGGAAGCUGGCGGCCCUGCACGCCGAGAUGGAGAGCCUGGCCCUGAACGUCUUCUACAUGCAGAACGUGGACCGGGACGUGCAGGGCGACAUCCUGGUGAUGACGCAGGUGGUGAAGAAGUCGCAAGCGGAGCGCGCGCGGGCCGAGCUGGAAAAGAAGCAGCAGGACCUGCACGUGGACCGGCUCACCGCCCGGGCCCACGAGCUGGAAGAACAAGUCGCCCUGUUCGAGGCUCAGCACGUCACCCAGGCCGAGGACACCCAGCUGCUCCGGAAGGCCGUCAGCGAGGCCUGCGCGGAGAUCGAGGCCAUCGGCGUGGAGAAGAGGCGGAUCCUGCAGCAGUGGGGCGCCUGCCUGGGGGGCAUGAAGUGUCGGGAAGACGCGUACCAGACCGUGCAGGAGGCGCUCAGCGAGUGCGGGCACCAGCUGAAGUCCCUGGACAGCGAGGUGGAAGCCUACAAGAAGUCCAUCGUGCGGGAGGAGGAGAAGAACGAGCGGCUGGCGGGCCUGCUGCACCGGGCGCAGACGGGGGCGGCCCUGACGCAGAAGCUGACUGCGCAGUGCCUGACCAGGCAGGAAGCGCUGCAGGGGCAGGUCAACACCUACCGGCUGGUGCUGCAGGACACGGAGGACGCGCUGGGCCGGGCCCAGGCGGAGCGCACGGCGGCCAUGGGCGAGCUGCAGGCGGCCCGCCAGGCCAUCCGGCAGGAGCUGGACCUGCGCAGGAAGCUGGACACCUGCAUCCUGGAGAAGCUGCAGGAGCAGGUGACCUCCAACAAGAUGACCAAGUACUUCCACCAGCUCAUCCUGAAGCUGCAGAAGGAGAAGACCAACCUGGUGACACAUCUUUCCAAAAUCGAAGGCGACAUCGCCCAGGCCACGCUGGACAGCACGAACACGGCCUGCAGGCUGCAGGCGCACCGAGCGGCGCUGGCCGAGCUGGACCGGGAGGUGCAGAGGGUGAACGACCUCAUCGGCAACAGCGAGAGCGAGAUCUGCCGGCGCACGAUCCUCAUCGAGCGGAAGCAAGGCCUGAUCAACACUCUCAGCAAGGAGCUGGAGCAGAUGGUCUCCGAGCUGGGGGGGGAAGAGCUGGGGCCCCUGGAGCUGGAGAUGAAGCGGCUGCACAGGCAGCUGGACGAGCAGGGCACAGAGGUCACGCAGGCCCAGGCCAGCUGGCUGCGGCUGCAGCAGGACAUGGUCAAGGCCUCGCAGGAGCGCGAGGAGCAGCUGGCCUCCCUGCACCUGCUGCGGAAGGAGGUCCACAUCCUGGAGCAGAAGAAGCUGCGUAUCGAGAACAAGAUCAACCAGGAGAAGAAGGAGCAGAAGGACAUUGAGCGGCACCUGAAGGACCUGGACAACGACCUGCGGAAGCUCAACGUGCUGCUGAGCAAGAACCGGAGCAGCUCGGCCGACCUGCAGCAGGACAACCUGGUGGCCGAGAGCGAGUUCGUGCAGGCGCUCAAGGCCUCGGAGCGGGAGACCAUCGAGAUGCAGGAGCGGCUGGACCAGCUGACAGAGGAGAAGGCGUCCACCCUCAAUAGCCUGGUGGAGGCUGAACACCAGAUCAUGCUCUGGGAGAAGAAAAUCCAGCUGGCCAAAGAGAUGCGCGCCUCGGUGAGCUCGGAGACCGGCCAGACGGAGGUCCGCGCCAUGAGGGCCGAGAUCCACAGGAUGCAGGUCAAGCACGGGCAGCUGCUGAAGCGACAGGAAAGGAUGAUCCGAGACAUGGAGCUGGCCGUCACCCGCAGGGAGACCAUCGCCACCCAGGCCGAGGGGCAGAGCAAGAGGGACAAGAAGCUGGUCACCCGGACCGACUUCCACCACAAGCAGGCAGAGCUGCAGCGGAAGCUCAGGGACCUUCACAAAGCCACCGAGGUGUGCAGCAACCAUGUCCUGGAGCUGGAAGAAACCCAAAAGCGCAUGAGCGCCUCUCUGGUGGAGAAGCAGACGCAGCUGUCUGCCAUGCAGACGCAGACCGAGGAGCUGGAAGCCAACCUGGAGCAGCUCGCCACCCUCAAGCGACAGAAACUCUGCCAGCUGGUGGCCAUGCAGACACGCUUGAAGCACCUGCAGGCCGUAAGGGAAGGCAGGUACGUGUUUCUGUGCCGCUCCAAGCAGUCAAUAACGGAGGAGCACAGGCGCCUGGACAGCCGGCUGGCCACCAUCGGCACCAUCCUGGACCUGGUGUGGGAGGAGCACCCCCAGUUCCAGCAGGCCCUGCUCAAGCUCAGACAGGCGGUGGCCAGCAAGCUGGGCGCCCCCAGGCCCUCCCUCUAGGAGGCAGCCUGGCCUGCGCCUCCCAGGCCGGCCCCCGGGGGACAGGCAGUGAUUUCAUGUGUCACCAGGGGCCUAGGAUCUCUCUGUGUCGUGAAAGCUGUGUCUGCCCUCAGAGAAUGACACCAAUGACGAGAAACACAUAGGUCAGCACUGCGGGAAUUGUUUCCAGCCACCCACCAGUUUAAACCAAGUCAAGUCCCAAUGUUCCCAGUCGCACCUGCACCUAGUCCAGUCUUCCCUUCGCAAAGGCAGCACCUGCGGAUGCAAACCCUGUCCCCAGGCUGCACGUGCUCCCCCGA